UUGUAAACAUUCUGUUCGUGAGUUGAAGCUGUUAAAGUCACGAUGGCGUCUGAUCUGAGGAAAGAGCUGGAAGAGUUUCUCAAGCGUCUGAAAAUCGACACGACCUGCAUCGACCAUCCAGAGGUGUUUACGGUGGAGGAGAUGAUGCCUCAUGUGGCUCAUCUGAGCGGCGCGGUCACGAAGAACCUGUUCCUGAAGGACAAGCGUAAGAAGAGCCUGUGGCUGCUGAGCGUGCGGCACGACCGGCGGCUGGACCUGGGCGAGGUGUCUCGGCGCCUGGGGCUCGGCGGAGGGAACCUGCGGCUGGCGGACGAGGCUCUGCUGCUGGAGACGCUGCGUGUGCGGCAGGGCUGCGUGACGCCGCUCGCGCUCUUCUGCGACUCCGCCCGCAGCGUGACGGUGGUGCUGGACCGAGACCUGACCCACGGCGCACACCAGUGGCUCUAUUUCCACCCCAUGACCAACAGCGCCACCAUGGGGCUCAAACCUGACGACCUGCUGCGCUUCCUGAGGGAGACGGACCACGAGCCCGUCCUGCUGAGCCUCGACUGAUCCUGACACUAGCUGCGUUUACAUUACAGAUUUGCGCAAAACUUUUGCGAUAUUUUCUAAAUGUCGAUAAAAAACUGUUGUGAAAUGACGGAUUUUCCAUUAACCGAAGUUAUGCGACUGAAGCGUAAUUUUUUACUCUCAUAAGUCA